AUGGUGCCUCCCGUCCUCUGUUCUCCAGCCCCGCACUUUCAACAGACCCCUGUCACCAAAGCCACCCCUGCGCCCCAGAGCACGGCCUCCCUGACCAGCUCUGCCCUGCCCUGCACCCUCCUGGUUCACAAACCAUCGUCCACGACGCUGCACCUGCUGGUGGCCGGCUGGGUCUUCGCCUUGCUCGGGGUGUCACCAGGCCAGGCCGAGGUCCCCAUCCAGCCCGACUUUGACGCCAGCCAGUUCCAGGGCACCUGGUAUGUGGUUGGGGUGGCAUCGGAUGACCAGGGCUUCCUAGACUCCAAGGACAACCUGAAGAUGCCCGUGGUCUUGGUGACCCCCUUGGCAAACGGUGACCUGGCCCUCAAGUUUGGGUACUCUACGCCUGAUGGCGGGUGCCAGAUGAACACGACCUUCACUAAGGGUGCUGUGGAUGGGCAGUUCAGCAACAAUGCCUUGGCGCAGACGGACAUCCGCGUGGCGUCCACCGACUACGAGCAUUUCGCAGUGCUGUACGUGGAGACGCAGAAGGAGGGCGUCAGGAGCGUCUGGCUGCAGCUCUACGCCCGCGUCCCGGAGCUGUUUCCCGAGGACGUCCAGAAGAUGCAGCAGCUGGAGCCCCAAGUAGGCCUGAACCCCAGCCAGGGUGCCCUGCUGCCCUCAUCAGGUGAGAGCCGCCCCCAGGCCGGCUCAGGGCUGCGGGAGACCCCAGACUCCAACGGGGAGGGCCAGAUCGCGCCCUCCAGAGGCUGCGAGGCUUGGUUAUUCAGGGAGGGUUGGGGGCCUCCCACCCCUGGGCAGGGGCCUGGCUGGUUCCUCAGGCCCCACUCUCUCCCACAGACCAGUGUGCUGGGGCCUUCUCCUAGGAAGGACCCGGCCCGGGAGCGCCCACCGUGGGGGGCCCACGCUCCACACACGCUAGGCCUUCCCCAGAGAGCACACACCACUUCUCUCUGCCAUCCCUUCCCCAGCACAAUAAAUCAUCUCCUGAAGCCCACGGCUGUGCAUUUUUUCCACGGGGUUCUGGGACCAGGGAGGGACGCCCUGCUGGGCUGGCAUGGGCCGGCGCUCAGCCCCUGGGGGAGCUUGGGCUCCGCUGCGAGGAAAGCUUACGCAGAUGCAGAGGGACGCCACGGGGCCUUCCCUGCCACUCGCCAAGCCCCCACCCUGGACUGGGGUGUGGCCCUUGCUCAGCUCAUUAAGGAUCUGCCUGUGGCUCAGCACCUGGCCCGGCCCAUGCCUUUGCUGCCCUGA